AUGCUGACAAUAAAGCUACCGCAGAUCUUCAGGGUACAUCAGGUGCCUCAGAUCUUCUGGGAAGAUGGGAUCAUGUCAGGGUACCGGCACCCCAAGAGCUCAGCCCUUGACUGUGUCCUCAGCUCCUUCCAGAUGACUAAUGAGACAGUCAACAUCUGGACACACUUCCUACCGACCUGGUGUUUUGUCUGGCGCUUCCUGGUGCUCUCAUCCUCGCUGGACUUCUGCCAGGAGCCCUACCACUGGCCCCUGCUCACCUACCUGCUGCUCGUCUGCCUCUACCCCUUCGUCUCUGGCUGUGCCCACACCUUCAGCUCCAUGUCGGUGCGCGCCCGCCAUAUUUGCUACUUCUGUGACUAUGGCGUGCUCAGCCUCUACAGCCUGGGCUGUGCGUUUGCCUAUGGCGCCUACGCAAUGCCAGACCACUGGGUCAGCAGCGUUUUGCACCGUUACUUUGUCCCCGCGGCUGCUUUUAACUCCUUUGUCUGCACCGGCCUCUCCUGCUACUCCCGCUUCCCUGAGCUGGAGUGUCCCCGGCUGAGCAAGGUGCUGCGGUUGGCAGCGUUCAUGUACCCCUUCCUCUACGACAACAUCCCGCUCUUCUACCGGUGCGGCGGCUCCGGUUCCCUGCACCCCCCCCCAAAGCAACCCCUUGCAGCAGGAGCUGGGCAAAGAGCCCCAGCACCCAGGGGUGACGCUGGCCUCUCACCCCCGGAAGGACACAGCCACCAGCUCUUCCAUGCCAUGCUGGGCACUCACUUCCAGCUGGAGGCCAUCCUCUGUGACGUGGGCUCACGCUGGGCUUGGCUGCGGGGUCGCCUGCCCACCACCGGGCUCCUUGGCACCUUUGGCACUGCCGGACUGGCCCUUCUGGGCAAUGCCAUCAUCGGUGCCUUCACUGCUGCCUUGCCCCGGGCACCCGGCAGCUCUGUCAGCCCCCCAAGUGUCCCCACCCAGUCUGGGCACUGGAGGGACCUGUGA